AUGAUGAAGAAGGGAAACAUUGUACAUCUUCCGGAGGAUUUGGUUGUGGAGAUCACUAGGGUUCCAGCGGUAUCUCUGAGACGAUUGCGAUCAACAUCCAAAGGGUGGAACGCUCUUAUCAAAGAUGGGAGAUUUGCUAAGAAGCACUCGGCUAAUGCUCCUAGGCAGUCUCAGGUUAUAAUGUUGAUGGAUUCUAGGGUUUAUUUAGUGAGUAUCAAUCUCCAUAGAAUUGACAACGACAAGGCUGCUCCAUCUACAAAGGUAACAGGCCAAUUCAGCCUAAAAGAUUCUAAUAACUCUUCAGAAGAAGUUGAUAUACGUAACGUCUUUCACUGCGACGGGUUAUUGCUAUGCACCACCAAGAUCAAUAAUAGAAUGGUGGUUUGGAAUCCAUGUUCAGGUGAAACAAGGUGGAUCCAACCUAGAAAUUCCUACGAGAAAUCAGACUCCUAUGCUCUAGGUUACGAUAAUAGAUCCUCCUCUUACAAAAUCUUGAGGAUGGAUCGGUUUGCUGGUGAUAUAUUUCAAACUGAGUACGAAAUAUUUGACUUCACCUUUAAUUUGUGGCGGUUUGUUGGUGUGACUACCCACUGGUUCAUACCACGCAAGUUCCUAACAGCCAAAACUAAUACUAAGUUGUCUCGGUGGAUGAAUUUCUUAAGCGAUCAUGAGAACAAUGUUUUAGUGUGUUGCGAGAAAUACGGGGUCCCCAAUGACGUAUUCUUACACAUUGUGGGAGAGGAUAAAUACAUACAAGUUCAUUAUAGUGGAGAAUCUAAAUUGACAUUUCAACUCACUUAUUAUGUUCCAAGUUUGGUUCAAAUCCAACAAGGUGUCUAG